AGUGAGUGAUAGUGUUGUUAGUGUGAAGUAAUAAGAAUAGGUUUGCCCUAAAACCCAAAUAUUGGGAAGCAGAAGCAGAGGUAGCGGAGAUGGAGCAGAGGCUAGCAAACAGCUGGCGAAUGCCUCUCAACGACAACAAAUUCAUCGAAGCGGCGCUCCUGUCGGACCUCCGUGUCGACGGCCGCCGCCCCUCCGACCACCGCAAGCUCACCAUCAAGUUGGCCAAGCAAGACGGCUCGGCGGAGGUCCAUUUGGGCCACACCCACGUCGUCACCUUCGUCACGGCCCAACUCGUUAGGCCCUACAAAGACAGGCCCAACGAGGGCUCCCUCUCCAUCUUCACCGAGUUCUCUCCCAUGGCCGACCCCUCCUUCGAACCGGGCCGCCCGGCCGAGUCAGCCGUCGAGCUGGGCCGCGUCGUCGACCGCGGCCUGCGCGAAAGCCGUGCCAUCGACACUGAAUCGCUCUGCGUACUCUCCGGAAAACUCGUAUGGGCCAUUCGCGUCGAUAUCCACAUUCUCGACAAUGCCGGAAAUCUCGUUGACGCUGCCAAUAUCGCGGCGCUGGCUGCACUGCUGACGUUCCGACGGCCGGAAUGCUCGCUGGCCGGGGAAGACGGCCAGGAAGUGGUGGUGCAUCCUCCCGAAGAGCGCGAUCCGAUACCGUUGAGUAUACAUCACCUCCCGAUUGCCGUUACGUUUGGAUUUUUCAGCACUGAAAAUCUCCUUGUGAUAGAUCCGACGAAUGAAGAAGAGUGUGUGAUGACAGGACGCAUGACUGCGACGCUUAAUUCAAACGGCGACGUUUGUGCUAUUCAGAAGGCUGGUGGAGAGGGUGUCUCUCAGAGAUUUAUCAUGCAUUGCUUGAAACUUGCUCAUGCUAAAGCUAUUGAUAUUACAACUAAGAUUAAGGAUGCUGUUGAAGUACACAACAAUGAAAGGGCGUUGCGGAAGAUUAAGCGGCACCCUGCGUCUGUUGCUAUGGAUGUAGGUGAUGCUCCAUCUGGAAUAGGUGAAAAACAAAAUCAAUUACUUGGUGAUGAGGAUGGUACCGGUUUGGACAAAUUGAAGCUGAAAGAAGAGGAAAAUUCUAUGGAAUGUGAAGCCACGCCAUCAGGACAAGAACAUAGUAAGGAUGGAGGCUCCAAGAAUUUCAGUGGUGGACCUUCAAGUUGGGAUCCCUACUCAGAGUCUGUAGAUCCAGAUCUUCUAAAAGCUUCUCUAGCUUCACGGGGACCAUCAGUAGCUCCUAGUAAACCAAAGGAUUCAAGCCGUGAGACUAAGCCCCAGGAACCACCACAGGAAAUUAAGACAGAUUUUUCUCCAAUUGACAAGUCUCUAACUGGUGGACAGAGUAACGAAGGUAAGACUCUGAAGGAUGCCGUCAAGCCCAAACAUAAGAGGAAAAAAAAAGUAUCAUCCAAUAACGAAUUAAAUUAGUUAAUGAGUUUUUGACUUAUCGCCGUUCUUCUUCUAAGCAUGUGUUUGUAUACCAGUUGAAAUUGAGAAUUGAGUUCCAAUGUUCCCAAUUUUGGUAGAAGCAAGGGUUUCAUGUUCUGGGGAAAAUGUCUGUUUAGUAUUACAAAUAGGAACAUGCACAUGCAUAUGCAUGCACAUGAAGUUGCCUGAACUUUACAGCCUGUACUUCAUUUUUGUUACUUCUUGUAGGUGAUAGAUCUAGGACGUUGUAAACAUUAGAUGGACAAUGGAAUCUCAAUUAUUUUUCCGUGAUAGAAAUUCCUAAUACUGAGAUAAUAAUAUAUGGGUUUUGUAACA